GUGUGUGAUUUAGAAGAUGGCUGACUCGGCUGUCCAGCUGCAGUCCUCUCUGGUGUUAACAGGCAUAUCUCCACUGCCGCUCUCCUCACCUCAACAAUGACAGCCGACCAUUGAGGGAGGGGGUGAAGAGAGAGAGAGAGAGGUGGAGGAAAAACAUAUUCCUCAUAUUAACAAAAAAGAAAUCCAACACACGGGCUAAAGUCGCCGGCGUCACAUUUCGGUGGGAGAGAAGGUUUUGUGACAGCUCGGGGUGGAGGAGGGAGGUUGAGUGGAUUCUCCCUCCCUCCUCUCUCUCUCUCACACACACACACACACACACACACAUAAACCAUGGCAGAGAUGGAGAAGGAGGGCAGACCGCCGGAAAACAAGAGAAGCAGAAAGCCGGCUCACCCCGUCAAGAGGGAAAUAAACGAGGAGAUGAAGAAUUUUGCAGAAAACACCAUGAACGAACUUCUUGGCUGGUAUGGCUAUGACAAAGUGGAAUUAAAGGAAGGGGAAGAUAUUGAAAUUAAGAACUACCCUGUGGAUGUUGAGGGCCGCCAACAUGUUUCUGUUUUGAAAGAGAACUCCUUGCCAAAACUAAAACUAUCUGAAGAAAGUGUCAUUACUUCACCGUCAAACUCCAACUCAAGCUUUCCAGGAAUGACAGCAGGAAACGGGCUUUCCGAAAUGCCAACUGGAUCGAAGGAUCACGGGAGUGUCCCCAUCAUUGUACCAUUGAUCCCACCACCAAUACUGAAACCGCCAACAGAUGAUGAAAUGAUAAAUGUGCAAAUAGUUUGUGCUUGGUGCCAGAAGCUGGGAAUUAAGCGUUAUUCCCUCAGCAUGGGAAGUGAGGUGAAGUGUUUCUGCAGUGAAAAGUGCUUUGCAGCUUGCAGACGGGCUUACUUCAAGCGUAACAAGAGUAUGCCAUUUACUGCGGAAGGUUGGCCAUUUGAAAGUAGUCCUGCAUCUCAUCGUGUUCAACAGACCGUUGGCAAUAGGAUUUGGGACGUCAUGUUGCGACCGUACAGAACAUUGGCGAGGCCACUUUUAGAUACUGCGUACAACUCUGGUGGCCCUUCUAUGCCCAAGAAUCGAGGAUCCCCCACCAGCGCCCGACAGACUCCGCAUGGAACAGAGGUUGAACUUGGGAGCGUUCUGGAUAGAAUUAAAGACACAACAGUAUGUGACUGGUGCAAGCACAUUCGGCAUACAAAAGAGUACCUAGACUUUGGAGAUGGAGAACGACGGCUACAAUUCUGCAGUGCAAAAUGCCUCAAUCAGUACAAAAUGGACAUAUUUUACAAAGAGACACAAGCCAAUCUUCCUGCAGGCUUGUGUAAUGCUGGGCAUCCUCCAGUGGAAAAUAAGUCUGAUAACCCAGGCGUGCAACUACUGACUCCAGAGUCUUGGAACAUGCCACUGUCAGAUGCUCGGAGAAAGGCCCCAUCUCCUGUGGCACCUUCCUCUCAGACUCAAGCCCCCAUCCCUUCUGCAUCUGCUACUCUGUCCCCAUCUGAUCCUGCCACUAGUUCUGCUGCCAAAAUUCACACCCCCAUCUCGAAGGCAGUGGUUGCAAAUGAAAGCCCCAAUAUUGCACCAAUGCAGCUUCAACAACCAGCCAAUAUAGUGCCUCCAGUGGGUGUCCCUCCAGGUAAUCCCUCUAUGGUCAUGACUAACCGAGGUCCUGUGCCUCUGCCAAUAUUCAUGGAGCAGCAGAUGAUGCAUCAGAUCCACCCAUCAUUUAUCCGAGGACCCCACACUCCAAGCCCUAACAGCCCUCUGCCAAACCACAUGAUUUCAGGGCUUGGUCCUCCGACAGGUGGCUCCAGAACUAUAGGUCCUAAUUCCAGCCCCAUGCAUAGACCGAUGCUCUCGCCACAUCUUCAUCAUCCAUCUACACCCACAGUACCAGGGAAUCAUCAAGGGUUACUCCCCUCAGGAGCACCCCUUCCUAAUGUUUCCUUUCCACCUAUCAAUAUGCUGCCAAAUGGCCACAUGCAUAUCCCGCACCUUUUAAACUUUGGGGUGCCAUCACUUGCUCCUUUGGUCCCCCCUCCAACGCUUCUGGUCCCCUAUCCUGUAAUCGUUCCAUUGCCUGUGCCAAUUCCAAUCCCCAUUCCAAUUCCACACACAAUUGACUCCAAAUCUACCAAUGGUGUUUCCAGCAAUGCUGAGAGUCUCAUUCCAAGCACUUCUAACGAUGAAGAUGACACGAAAGAGCCAAGUAGUUCAUUGACAUCGAAUAACUUGCAGCAGAGGCCUUCCAAGUCUAGUAAAGCCUCAGCUAACUGCUCAAGCCAUUCUUUGAACCAGCCAGCCAUACUUCUUGACACCAGCAGGAGUGAGGUUGUCGAUCUAACAGUCAAGCCUAAUGGUCCAAUUAAAAGUGAUUUUUCUUAUGCUGACACGGUAGACUUUCCACAAGAUGGAGUCAUAGACUUGACUAUGAACCAUAGAAGCAGGCUUAAUCACAUCGGUCAUAGGCCUUUGCAUCCUUCUGUGAAACUUGAGAACGAAGGCAGAAGCAUUGUAGAUUUGACUGUUUCUAGUCCGGAUAAGCGGAACUGUCUCGACCUUAGGGAUUUUCCUGAUUUGAACCCUAUUGAAUCAAAGGUGUUAUCUUGUAGUGAUUCCUCCCACUGCAGCACUGUCCAGCUAAAUUCAGGAAGCUCAGGAGGUGACUCUGAUUUAACACCUUGUAAUCUGGUUAUGAAUGGCACAAAAAACGUGGAUGGUUCCCACUGCUCAGAAGAAAGACCAGACCAGCAGCAGCUUCCACCGCCACCACCGCCGCAGCAGCAGCAGCAGGAGGAGAUCGCUGUCAACGAGCUGGAGUCAGUCAAAGAAAACAACUGCACACCAAACUGUCAACUGGAGUUAGAGGCAGCCUGGCUGCAACAUAAAUUUCCCUCACUUUCCAACUCACUCCAACAAAGUCGAAUUGCUGUAUGUUGCUUCCUGCAAGUAUGUCACAGACAGAAUCCUACAGAUGCCAGAUACCAGGGAUGCUUUUUGCUUAGUCAUUGUACUGCCUCAGUUUCCUUGCUUUUGUUACAUACACAACUGUAUCGAACUGUUAGAAUUUCUGGAUUAAACAAAAUAUUUGCUUUACUUCAGUUUGUAUGUUUCUUCCCCCAGAUUGCGUUGAUUGUUUAUAAACUUAGGCAUGUUGGGAAUUGAUAACAGUUUCGUUCAGUAUUGAAAAAUGGGCAACAGCAAAUUGACAACCAGGUUUACACCCAGCUCAGUGUGUGGUUAUUGGGCAGAUGUAGAUCAAGCUUCCAAUCUUUUGUCUCCCAUUUUGUACCUACGCAUCACCUCAGUUUCACUCCUUUAGACUGAAAACGUGGGAUUAAGACAUGAGAGAAUGAGUGUGAUCUAGACCUGGGUUUGUUGCUGUGGUCAUACAGAAUGCACCAGUAAUAUAUUCUUGAAUGGGGAUUAAAUACAAUGCAGUAUCUUAACUCCAAAUAUAAUACUUUGCAAUUGAGAGAAACUCUUUCUUUCAUUAUCAGUGUGUUAUGUCAAUGGGUUGUGCAUCAGUGGGCAGUACAGUGUUAUGAUUUACAUUUUUCCAUCCAUCCGAGUCCCAAGACAAGGUGCGUUACUAAUCCAUUACAUUCUGAGAUGUCAAAGAUGUACAAGUUUGGUUUUAAGGCACUCCAUAUAGGCUCAUGCGUCCCCCAACCCCUCCUUACCUGGCUCAAGAAUAAAACAAUCUGAAAUAGAAAACACGCUUCCGGGAUGGUAGGCAUCUGUGAAACUAUCGUGACUUGCAGUUCAAAAAAAAUCUGAUGAAGGGUCUAGGCCCAAAACGUCAGCUUUUGUGGUCCUAAGAUGCUGCUUGGCCUGCUGUGUUCAUCCAGCUCCACACUGUUAUUUCGGUUCCCUGAUGUCCUCUCAGGAACAGAAACUUGCCAUCAUUACCUGGUUUGACCUACAUGUGACUCCAGCCCCACAGUAAUAUGGUUGACCAUUAACUGCAGUCAAGGGAUAUUGGGGAUAGGCAAGAAAAGCUAACUAUGCUCACGGUAUGAUUAAAAAAAGCCACUUAACUCCACUAAAAUUUACCAUUAAAUGUUGGCUAAAAACAGUUUGUGGUCUUGGGGUAUACGGCUAGUGAUGACUCAGUGGUUCUAAUGCUUUUGCCGUUUGACAGCGCUCAAAUCCUUCCACCAUAUAAACAUUACUGCCCUCUAAUGGAUAGCUGCAGGGAUGUUUGCCCUGGGUAAAUCAGUGCAUCACUGUCUCAUCAUAAAUCACAGAAAAUAGGGUAAGCCAUUCUAACUUAAAGCCUGACCUGCUGCUCAGUAAGGUUGUGGCUGAUCAGAUUGUGGCCUCAAUUCUAUUUUUCUUCCUGUCCCCUGUAAACUUUCACUGCCUUGUUGAUCACGAACCUGUCUAACUCAGCCAUCAGCCACUGGUCCAGCUCCCUCUACUCUCUCUGGAAGAGAAUUAUAAGUCUUCUGUUACUGUAAAAGACAAAUAUUCCCCCUCAUCUCCAUCUUAAAUGAGAGACUUCUUAUUUUGAUGCUGUGAUUCCAAGUUCUAUAUUUCCUGAGUGUUAUUCUUCAAUGUUCUGAAUAUUGAACAUCUCUCCGCAUCCACCCUUCAAGCAUCUUCAGAAUGUAUGCUUCAACAAAAUCAUUCUUCAUGCUCCUAAAUUCUAUUGAGCAUUGGCCCAACCUGAACCAACUUUUCCUCAUGAAACAACCCCUUCAUUCCUGAGAUCAGCCUGGUGAGCUUUCUCUGAACUGCUUCCAAUGAAAGUAUCUCCCUCCUUCAGCAAGGAGACCAGAUCUUUACAAAGUAAUUUAAAAUGUGACCUCAACAAUGCCUUGUUUAGCUAAAACACAACUUCACUAAUUUGUGGAAAGGGGAUAGAGUGUGAGGGAGAGUAAAAUCCUACACUCUGCAUGUCAACUGCCACCUUCACCAUUCAUAAAAAUGACCAACUGCAACAUUCUCUGGGAAUGCAUCAGCACCGAACUUUAUUGUAUUCCAAAAAUAAAACAAAGAACUACAGAUGUUGGAGAUCUGAAACAAAAAUAAAGUUUCCUCUCACUUCAGAUCAAAGAUGUGGCUGUGAGUACUCACAUGGCCUUUGCUUCCAAUUUCCAAUCUUCCCUCCACCUCAUCCACCUCUGACUCCUACCCUCUGUUUCCUGACAUCUCUGUUUCCAUUCUCUGAGAAUAGGCUAACCACCAAUAUCCACUACAAAUUCACUAACUCCACAGUUACCUCAAUUAUACGUACACACACGGUGCUUCCUAUAAGGACCCCAUUCCAAUCUUCCAGCCUCUGUCGCAUCUGUUCUGUUGAUGCUAUCUUCAGUGGGUCGCAGACACAUUCAGCUUUUUUCUCAACUGAGGAUUUCCAGCUACCGUGGUUGACAGGGCCCUCAACUGCACUCUGUCCUCACCAUUCCCUUCUCUCCCACAACGGCAAUAGGGUUCCCUUUCCUCACUUUCCAUUCCACUUGCACCUGCAUCCAAAGGAUCAUAAAUCAUCAUUUCUAUAACCUCCAGCAUGAUGCCAUCAGCAGACACAUAUUCCCCUCCCCUCCCCUCUCUUGUCAGUUUUCACUCUGGGACACCCUGGUUCAUUACUCCUCCACUUGCAACACCUCUGUACACCCCAUGGCAUAUUCCCAUGCAAUUGCAGAAGGUGUAACCCUUGUCCAUUUACUUCCACCCUUCUCAUUGUCCAUGGACCCAGAAACACCUUUCAGGUGAAAUAGCUAUUUACUUGCAUUUCAUUCAAUCUAGUUGAUUGUAUUUGCUGCUCACAAUGUGGCCUUCUCCACAGUGGGGAGAAGAAACUCAGACUGGGUGACCACUUCAUGGAACCUUUCACUCUAUCUGUAAAAAUGACCCCGAGCUUCCCAUUGCCUGCGACUUCAACACAUCAGGAUGUUCCCUAGCAAGCAUUUCUGUCUCAAACAUGCUGCAGUACUCCAGGAAGGAUUCCUCAUCUUCCACAGGUAUCUUACAACUCAGGACUCAAUAUUGAGUUUAACAAUUUCAGAGUGCAAACACACUUUUCCAUCUUCCACUAUCACACCCUCAGGUCCUGUUCUGCAAGGGUUGUUCCCUGCACAGCCAACUCAUUUUCAAAUAUUUACACUUCUUGUUAGCACACAUUGAGCAUUUACUCCUAUCAGCAAUCUUUUUGUCUGUUUCCCUUUUUUUCUCUCUGCCUGCCCCUCUCUUUCUCCCUCUCUCUCUCUCUCUCUCUCUCUAACUCUGGUCAUUGUCUACACCUAUUGGUCUCACAUGCACCCCCAGCCCCUUCCCCUUUCCCUCAGUCCCUCAUCGGUCAUCAGCAUAAAUAUUACCACUUCUCAGCUUUCAGUUCUGAAGGGUCACUGAACAUUUAUGAGUUUUUUUCCAACACUUUCUACCUUUGUUUACUGUAUUGUAGUGUAUAGUGGGGAGGCAAUGGCCUAGUGGUAUUAUUGCUGGACUAUUAAUCCAGACACCCAGAUAAUGCUUUGGGGACCUAGGUUUGAAUCCUGCCAUGGCAGAUUAGUGGAACUUGAAUUCAAUAAAAUAUCUGGAAUUGAGAAUCCAAUGAUGACUGUGAACCCAUUUUCAAUUGUCGAAAAAUCCCAUCUGGUUCACUAAUGUCUUUUAGGGAAGAAAACUACCAUCCUUACCUGGUCUAGCCUACAUGCGACCCCAGACCCACGGCAAUUUGGUUGACUGUUAACUGCCCUCUGGGCAACUAGGGAUGGGAAAUAAAUGCUGCCUGGCCAGCAAUGAGAAUGAAUAAAGAAAAAAAAAUUCCAUUAGCUUUGCUGAUUACUUGCUGUUCCAGCAUGCUAACAUUAUGUGACCAUGAGCAAGGAUACCCAUAUCCCUUUCAAAUUAUGCUUCUCUCUUAAGUAAUAGACUGCUUUUCUAUUCUUCCUGAACAAUCUCUGAUUUCCCUCAUUUUACUCCAUCUGCUAAUUGUUUGCCACUUUAUCUAAAUCCCUGUGCAGACUCUUUGUAAACCCCUCACAACACACUUUCCUCUGUAUCCUUAUAUAAUUAACAUAUUUGUAUAUUUAGCACAAUCCUAAUCAUUGAUACAGACAAUAAAUACUUGAGGCCCAAUGCUGAUUCCACUAGUUAGUUUGUCAACUUGAAAAUGACUCAUUUACCUUCACUGUCUGUUUCCUGUUCAGCAAACCCCUGCCCAUGCAAAUGCACGUGCUAUCUUUUUGAAUGUCAUUGCGAAAUUCUGCUGGAAGACUGCCUCACUCCAGCCCAGUGACACACUCCAGUCAAACUCUGCCACUUCCUGCUCCCUGCUGGUUAUGCAGAUUAAUUUGAUAUUAACAGUUAAAUGAACGAAUGUGCACAAUAUUAAAAAUCUUUAGGCAAAAAUUAAUCACGAAUGUUUUGGAAAACAUGCAGCAUUGCUCACCCCUCCUACACCUCAUAUGAGCUAGUUCCCUUGGUUCUUGAUGUCAUCUGACCAGCUGACGGGGAAUUUAUUUUAGGCUCUGAGCCAUAUACGAUGAUCAAUGUGGUUCUGUGAAUUGUUCCCAAUGCUGCUACAACACAGUUAUUAGCUUAUUUAGUAUAGCUAUUAAACAACUGUAUUGAAAUUGCAAAGACAUAAAUCCAUGUAUUAGUCCAAUAAAAACAGAACACAGAUACUUCACCACAAUGUUUGCAAUUCUCUGGGGUGUUUCAAACCUCCAAUGAUAUGUUGCCAUACAUCUAUAAGUACAGAGAGAUUAUGUAAGUGGGCAAGAAUUUGGCAGAUGAAGUAUAAUGCGGAAAUAUGUGAACUUGUCCACUUUGACAGAAUAUUUUUAAAAGAUUGCUCUGAAGGGGCAUUGAACAUUUAUCUUUCUCUCCACACUUACUGCCAGACCUGAUAGACCUGAAAGAUUUCAGAAUCCAGUGGUACAUUGGGAUCUGUCUAUCUCGGCAUAUGAAAUACACAAAGUUAGUGUGCAAAUUCCACAGGCAAUUGGGAAAGCAAAUAGAAUGUUGACAUCUCUCGCAAGGGGAAUUACAUAUAAAAAUAGGGAAGUUUCACUGAAGCUGUGGAGGGCCAUGGUGAGACCACAUUUGGAGUACUGUAUGCAGUUUUCAUAUCCAUAUUUAAAAAAUGAACAAAUUGUGCUAGAUGCAAUUCAGAGAAAGUUCAUUUGGCUCAGUUUCUGGGUUGAAGGAUUUAUCUUUUAAGAAAAGGCCAACAGCCUUUUGGAGUUUAAAAGAAUGUGUGGUGAUAUUAUUGAAAGAAGAUCAUAUUAUCAUACAGUACAGAAGAGGCCCUUUGACCCAUCAAGUCUAUACCACCAAAGUUACACAAAAUCUAUUUUAGUACCACUUUCCAUCACUAGGCCCAUAGCCUUGAAUACCAUGCCAUUUCGAGUAAUCAUCCAAGCACUUUUAAAAGGUUACCUGCCUCAACUACCCUCCCAGGCAGUGCAUUCCUGCCUCCCACCAUCAUCUGGGUCAAAGCGGAUUUCCUCAAAUCUUCUCUAAAUCUCCUGUCUUCCAACUUAAAAUUAUACCCCCUUGUUAUUGCCCUUUCAACUAACAUGGAGCAGCUGCUUUCUAUUCACCCUGUCCUUACCCCUCACAAUCAUAAGUUUCCCACAUAUAGUGUAUGGAUAUUGGGAAGAUGAUUCAUCCUUUGUGGAAGUAUAGAUCUAGGGAACCCUGUUCAAGAAUAAGAGGUCUACCUUUUAAGGCAGAUGAGAUGAAUUAUUUUCGUGUCCAAGGUUCAUUAGCGGAACUGUCUUCCCAGGAAAGCAGUCAGACUGUCACCGAAUUUAUUGAAAAACUGAAUUAGAUAGAUUGUUAGUAGACUAGAAAGUUGAGGUUUAUUGCUCAAGAUGGGAAUAUACAGUUAGGACCUGAAUUAAGUCAUCUGCUUCCUUGAUAAAUGGUCCACUCCUAUUUGUUUUCUGUAACCUACUCCUGCCCAUAUGCUAACCGGGGACAGUUAAGGAUUGGAAAAUCACACAUCGGAACGUGGAAUUUCCUGAUUUUUGUGCUCCUGCCAUCUGCACAUAUAAAAGGUAUUACUGUCACUUCCAAUAGCAAACCUCAUGAUUGAGAGCACAAAAGGAGGAAAGUAGGCUACACAUUACUUGAGUGUUCAGAAAGUCAUUGUUUGUAUAUAUCUGAAAGUACCUGUGGGAUUUGAGCUUAGAAAAUCAUCCCGUAUGGCUUCCUGACAUCACACCACCACCACCAACAAUUCCACCCUCCCCCGACCCCAAACAACCCCUGAGGUUCCAUAAGGUAGACAGUUGAACCAUUCUUCUCAAUGCAACUGCGUUACUUUUGUAUACGUACAGAGGUUGAAUGAAACAUUACCUGCAUGGGAUUCUCAACAGUGUAACAUUGUGAGUGUCUCCUAAUGCUGAUCAAAGUGAUUAUAUUUGAGCAAAAGGGUACACAAAACUUGUGCAUGUUUCAGUUGUAUUGAGGGUUCAGUUGAGGAAAUCAGCUCAGUUAAGAUCAGACACAGUUUGAAAACGAUAAACUGUUUAACUCUGUUUCGAGGAAAUUGGGAGAAGGAGAAGACCAUUCAUCCCACCUAGACUGCCCCAUCAUUCAGUCCAAUCAUGGAUGAUUUCACAUUUCAAUGCCUUUUACUCUUCCAGUCCCUAUAGCUCUGUUCACUCCUGGUAAUCAGAAACCUAUCAAUAUCUACCUUAAACAUGGUUAAAAGACUGAGUUUCUCACUGGUAGAGAAUGCCAAAGGUGCACAACUGUGUGAAUUAUUAAAAUACUCCUAAAAUUGGACCUAAGUUUUUCUUUAUUCUUUCACAGGAUGAGGGCCUCACUGGCUAGGCAGCAUUUAUUGCCCAUCCCUAAUUGCCCUGAAGGCCGUUAAGAAUCAACCAUUGUUGUGGGAUUGGCAUCAUAUGUAGGACAGACCAGUAACAAUGAUAGUUUCCUUCCCUAAAGGACAUUUGUGAACCAGAUGGGCUUUCCCAACAAUCAGCAAUGGCUUCAUGGUCAGAUAUUUUGUUGAAUUCAAAUUCCACCAUCUGGCAUGGCAGGAUUUGAACCCGGGUCCCCAGAACAUUAUCUGAGUCUCUAGAUUAACAAUCUAGUGAUAAUACCACUACACCAUUGACUCCCCUAUGUGGCAUUCCCACUCAAAAUUGUUAGUUUUGCCUGGUUCUUGGCCCCUCAACUAAGGGCCAUAUUGGAUGCGGAAGACAAUCCACCCAACCCGCCUGCCCAAUAGGCUAUAUUAUUAGAUACCAAUUUUCAUUUCAGUCCCAAAUUACUGGCUUUAAAUUCCGAACUUGGUUCUUUUAAAAAGUAGCCAGACUCCUGAUUGAAAACUCUGAACAACUCUUUAACAAAAACACACACACACACACACACACACACACACACACACACACACACACACACACACACACGUAGAUUAAUGGCUGGAAAAGAUGCAUGAAAAACUGGAAAACAGUCUAGAAAAACAGGAAAUCCAUUCAGGCAGAGAUAUAACCUAUUCUCUCAGACCUUAAUUAUAUAUAUAAAUAACAUUCCCAUCUUUUCAUUCCCUUGAAAGCAUUUGCAAUUAUAGAUAUUUUAAGACUUUUAUACAAUAUCUUUGCAUUUUCACUGAACAUAUCGAUAUAUACAAUAGACAUAGAAUUAUAACUAAAAUUUUUGGCAAUUGUGUAAGUUGUGAUAUGAGAUUGGCCAUCUCUCACAGCUUUUGGUGUAUAAUGAGUGGCUAAUCCGACAUUACCCACUUUACACUGUUAGGAGACAUCAAAAUUAUUUCUUCGCAUGUGAAAUGAAAGAAAAAUCUUUUAUUCAGCUCGUCACACGCCAGUGGCUGCUAAUGCAUAGAGGAAAAUUGUACCACUUUGUACAUGUACAUACUAGCCUUGGAAUUUGACUUUUAGCAUAGGAAAAUUAAGUCAGGCACUAAAAUGAGAGCAAAGUGCUGCAGGUGCUGGAGAUGCGAAAUAAAUCAGAAUGUGCUGGUUGAACUCAGCAGCUGCGAGACCUGCUGAGUUUCGCCAGCACUUUCUGAUUUUAUUUUCAAACAGUAACCACCGUGUUAAACUAAAGCGGGAAUCUUAUUAAAGCAGCAGAGUUGGAGUUUUUUCAUGGAUGCAGUGUUUGAAUAUAAAGCUGAAAGACCAAAUUUCAAAGCCUGUUAUAUGUACUUUAUAUUCUGAUAUACACUUCUAUACAGAUAUUGUAUACAUGGAUAUACUGUAUAGAAAAAUACAGAUUAAAAUCAGCAAUUUUUUUUCAUCCAGGAAUUUUAUUAACCUGUGAUAUGGGGAGUAAAUUCAUGUAAAAUAAGGCAUGUUAUGAAUUCUUAGUUUCUUCAUUGAUAACUGCCAAAAAUGCCACAUCAGAAUACCUUGCACUGUUAAUAUUAAAUUUAACCUUAAAGUCAAAAGGAUAAAGCACAGAUUUCCAAUUAAAUGUCUGCAAGGAAGAAAGACAAAUUCUGCGAGCGCUGUGGGUCUUGCCUUUCUUGGUGCGCAGAGAUACUCUUUAGUCUGUUGGCAAACUUUUCAAUUUACAUUGAACAACAUUAUCUUUCUCCUUCCUAGUGUUUCUUUUCUAGAAUGAAGAAAACAGCUGCCUUAAUUUACUGCUUGUGUAAUUGCAUUAUUUUGCGACUGUCUGCUUCGGUGUCACUUAUCAUCCUAAAGUUAACUAAAGAAAUAACAGACUUUUUCUUUUACCUGCUAGUGUUAUAUGGUUUCUGAACAUAUACGUGACCUAUUUUAACAGAAUGUUACUUGUAUAUUCAAAUGCAGUUAUAUAAUGAAAACAAGACCUUGUAGUGUUUUUAUAUCUCAUUUCAGUAUGCUUCCUGAACAUUUUAUAGUAUUAUUUAUUAAAAAGUUGAAAAAUAAAGGAAAUUGAUUGCAUAAAAGAAAUGGAAUCCUUCACUCCAUGUACACAGAACCAAGAUAUUGGGUGUGUUCCAGUUCUCUGUAACGGUGGGCCAUGCAGUCUCAAGAACCUCGAACAAAAUUAUCUGUAGACAAGCAUCAUGUGCCAUUAAUUUAAUUUUCAGAUUAAGCGUGCUAUUCAAUUCCUUAAAGCAGAAAGUCAUGGGAUGUUUCUUUCCUUGUAAUGUAAAAAGAUGUAUGUGUGACUUUUUCUCCCUCCAUGUAUUGCAUAUGAAGCCAAAAAAAUAAAUGCUUGAAA